CCGUAGCGGCAGCCCCCGAUGCUGCUGCAGCCCGCGUGCGCCCCGAGCGCGCCGUGCGCCCCGAGCGCGGGCUUCUCGCGGCCGCCCGGCGCCAUGCACGGCUCGCAGAAGGACACCACGUUCACCAAGAUCUUCGUGGGCGGCCUGCCCUACCACACCACCGAUGCAUCGCUCAGGAAGUACUUCGAGGGCUUCGGCGACAUCGAGGAGGCCGUAGUCAUCACCGACCGCCAGACCGGCAAGUCCCGCGGCUACGGCUUCGUGACCAUGGCCGACCGAGCAGCGGCUGACAGGGCCUGCAAAGACCCCAACCCUAUCAUCGACGGCCGCAAGGCCAAUGUGAACCUGGCCUACCUGGGUGCCAAGCCCAGGAGCCUCCAGACGGGCUUUGCUGUCGGCGUGCAGCAGUUACACCCCACAUUGAUCCAGAGGACAUAUGGGCUGACUCCCCACUACAUCUAUCCACCAACCAUCGUGCAGCCCAGUGUGGUGAUCCCUGCCACCCCAGUGCCAUCGCUGUCAUCACCCUACCUUGAGUACACACCAGCCAGCCCAGCCUACGCCCAGUACCCACCAACCACCUAUGACCAGUACCCUUAUGCUGCCUCGCCUGCCACAGCCACCAGCUUCGUGGGCUACAGCUACCCUGCCGCCAUGCCCCCGGCCCUGUCUGCUGCGGCCCCUGCGGGCACCACCUUUGUACAGUACCAGGCACCACAGCUGCAGCCGGACAGGAUGCAGUGAGGUGCUUCCUGCCUGGGGCCACAUCCACCGACUGCCAGCCUCAGGAGCCACCAGCACUUGGGUCUCCCCAGGCCCCUGGGCCAACCUGCUCUGAGCGUUUCAGAUGGCUUCUCCUGCCCAGGUCCCUCAGUGCCUUGAGGGGUACUUGAAAAGGAAGUGGCGGGGCUCUUCCUGAGCCUCCACGGCCACCCCAUGCCAGGUGCCUUAUUCCGGGGUGUGUGUGGACGUCCUUCCUCCUCCUUGGGACCUGUUGUCUGGGUGGCACUGGGCUCCCUGAGCCCCACCCAGGCACCCUCUCAGUCAGAGCAAUGCGACGUGUGUUCUGUUGGAGUUCUGCUAUGAAGGUGAUUUCUGGAUAGUGGUGUUUUUUUUUUUUUUCAAGAGACUGUUGUCACCAAGAGCCCUAAACCUAGUUUUGACUUAAAGACUGGCUUUGGUCAGUGGUCCCACCAACAGAGACAAUGACAGUAUUUCUCUGUGAAUGGUGUCACUAGCUGGCUGCCUAGAUCCCCUCACUGGGGUGGCUGUCACCACACCGCCGCAGCCCUGCAGGGCUCCAGGCCCCUGUCUGUCUGAUGCUGCCCGGUCUCACCUGCAGAGGUGCCCAUCAGGGCGAGCACUCAGUUGUCUGUCACUGUGCCAUUCUGAGGCCUUCUCAGCCCCGCACCCUACUCACCGCAUAGGCCUGGCCAGGCCCUCCAGACAGGCUCUGUGUCCACCGGCCUCCUUUGUGCCAGUCUGAGGCAUGAGCUGGCUGCCUUUUGCUCCACAAAGGGGAGAAGUUCCAGCCUGUGUCCAGGAAGGUUUCGAUGGACACCUCUGGCAGCAUGGGCUGCCUGCAGGCUGGGCAGCAGGGUCCCUCCACACCUACCUCAGGGAGCCGCCGUGCAGGCACUCCGCAGCAUGCCUGCUACAAGGCCCAGAGGACAGGGGGAGUAAUGUUAUAAUAAUAUUUUUAUUAGAAUGUUCUGAUUAUAAAAAUAAAACUUGUUUUCUUUAAAGAGAA